GGUGGGGGCGGUUGGACUUCCGGUUCCCGUGGGGAUGGCGGAGGCCCGCAGGCCCCUGCGGCUCCUGGGCCUGGCCGGCUUCCGCCAGAGCCAGCGCGCCUUCAGGGAGAAGACGGGGGCGCUGAGGAAAGCCCUGCGGGGCCGCGCCCACCUCGUCUGCCUCGCCGGCCCGCACGCCGUCCCGCAGCCCCAGCCGGGUCCCCAGCCGCCGGAAGAGGAGCCACGCGGCUGGUGGUUCUCGGAGCCGGAGGAGGCCGCGUUUUCGGCGCUGGAGGAGCCAGCGGCCUGCCGGGGCCUGGAGGAGGCACUGGAGGCCGUGCGGGAGGCGCUGGAGCAGCACGGCCCCUUCGACGGGCUCCUGGGCUUCAGCCAGGGGGCGGCCCUAGUGGCCCUCGUCUGCGCCCUGGGCCAGGCCGGAGACCCCCGCUUCCCGCCGCCCCGUUUCGCCAUCCUGGUCUCGGGUUUCCGGCCCCGAGGGCCCCGGCCGGCCCCGCCCCUCCUGCGGGCCCCCGUGGAGCUGCCUUCGCUGCACGUCCUGGGCGAGGCCGACCGGGUCAUCCCCGCCCGGGAGAGCCGAGAACUGGCCGCCUGCUUCCCGGGGGCCGUCACCCUGGUCCACCCCGGGGGCCACUUCGUCCCGGCGGCCGCGCCCCAGCGGCAGGUCUACCUCAACUUCCUGGACCAGUUUGUGGACUGAUGGGGACGUGAGGAAGGCCCCGCUCCCUUGCCCAGCCCGGAGCCAAGCAGCUGCCCCCGUCGGAGCCACGUGCUGGCGAUCCCCCCCGCAUUUCCCCAUCCCCGGAGACCCCACGUUGCUGGCACAAGCUUUAACUUGCCCUUGCCCUGAGGGGGCUGGUGAAGGGAUCCGCCCCGGCCCCUCCCCUCCAGCAGAGGCGGGCCCUCCCUGGGCUGCCUCGAACCGCCGGAGAAGCGGGUGCCGCGAGCGAGGGCAGCGGAGAGGCGGGAACCCCGCCGAGCCGCUGCCCUGCUCCGCGCCUCGCUUUCUCUGGCGAUGAGACAGAUUUAGCGGCAGAGCCGCCGUCCAAUAAAAUGAUGAAUGAACUGCC